AGCAAACCAAGCGGGUGGUUUCAAGUUGUAGGUGUGCACGGCUUAAGCGCGUGAUAAGUUCAUAUAAGUACAGAAAGGUGACCCAAGGUGCGUUUUUUUGUACGACGAAUUGCUAUUACGAGCUUUCCUGAGGCGCGGAACGUUUUCAGUGAUUGCGAAAUCGAAGCAAAGCCGGCGACAGUGCACAAAUAUGCUCGGCAUCCAGGCAGUUCUGCUCGACAUUGAGGGUACUGUGAUAUCCAUAAGCUUCGUCAAGGAUGUGCUGUUCCCAUUUGCACGGGAAAACAUCCGGACCUACCUGGAUUCCCAUUGGGAAGAACCCGAGCUGAAGGCCAUUGUUACUGAACUCCACACACAGGCUAAGCAGGACACGGAGGAUGGCACAAAGGGCUCGGUACCCCCCGUGGGGGACCUGACGGAGAUGUCCAAGGAGUCGCUCAUUGCGCAGCUGGAGGCCAACGUACUGUGGCAGAUGGACACUGACCGCAAGGCGGCACCCCUCAAGGCACUGCAGGGACUUGUCUGGAAGGAAGGCUAUGCCAGCGGUCAGCUGCGUGCACCGCUCUACCCGGAUGUGGUGCCCGCAUUGACCACGUGGAAGUCUAGGCAGGGUCUGACGCUUGCCAUCUACUCGUCGGGCAGCGUGCAGGCCCAGCGGUUGCUGUUCGGCAACACCACCGAGGGUGAUGUCACGACGCUACUGGAUGGCUACUUCGACAUCAACACAGCUGGGAUGAAGACUGAUGCCAAGAGCUACGAGGUCAUCAGCCAGGCCAUCAGUGUGGAUCCCAGCAAGAUCCUCUUCCUCACCGACAUAGUCGCAGAGGCCCAGGCUGCAUGCAGAGCUGGCUUUCGAGUGCGGCUUGUGGUGCGUCCAGGCAACAAGCCGCUGAGUGAAGAGGAAAAGGCAGCCUAUGGCCACAUCACCUCCCUGGAACAGAUCGAGCUGUGACCAAAAAUGUUCUGCAUUUCUCCGCAACUAAGCAGAUGAUCAGCUGAUAACAUUUGUGACUUAGGGCCCAACUUGACUUUCUUAAAGGGACAUUAAAGGGGUACUGCUAUAAUA